UAUUAUUAAUGUAAAAUAGAAACUCGAAAAAAUUUAUUUUUUUUUAAAAUAUUUAAAAAAAAAUUUUUUUAUUAAAAAAUAAUAAUUCAAAGUUUCAUUACUCAAAAGUUUUAUAAGAAUUGCAUUUUUAGAAAAAGGAUCGGAUCGGAUCGGGUUUUUUACAGGUAUCGGGCCGAUCCGAUAUUUUUGAAAAACGCAAAAUAUCGGGACCGAUCCGAUCCGAUAUUUAAUAUCGGCACAGCCCUAAUUAAUAUUAAUUAAAUAUUUAUAUAUAUAAAACAUAUAUCUAUAGAGAAAGCAUCCUAAUUAAUCCGUAAAUAUUAAACAAACCAUAGAUAAUAAGAAAAUUAAUUCAGCCACAUCAAGUAAGUUAAAACAAACUAAACUUGACUUUGGUGGAAAAUCAAAUUUUAAAGGUAUCAGCAAAGAUAAAUUUGAUUCACAAAUUAUUAAAUAUAUAAUAAAUGGAAAUCACCCAUAUACAACCUGUGAUGAUGAAGAUUUUGUUGAGCUGAUAAACACCCUGCAACCUAAUAUGAAGAUUAUAUGCAGACAAACCUUAACCUUAAGAAUAUCAAAAUAUUUUGUUCAAAUGAAGGAUAUUCUAAUAGAAAAAUUGUUAGAGCUUAAUUAUGUUUGUACAACAGCUGACUGCUGGACAGCAUUUAAUCGCUCCUAUAUUGGUAUAACAGUACAUUGGAUUGAUGUGGAGAAAUUGGAAAGGCUUUCAGCUAUUCUAGCCUGCCAAAGACUACAAGGUAGGCAUACAUAUGAUGUGAUCAGCAAAGCCUUAACUGCUGUUUUUAAGGAGUUCCAUAUCCAAAAUAAAAAUAUCUGCACAAUAACGGAUAAUGCAAGCAACUUUUCAAAGGCGUUUAGAGUAUUUAGCUGCCCAUCUAAUAUAAUAAAGGAAGAUUCUGUUUCUGAUAUUGAAUGUAUCUCAAUAGAAGAUAUAAUGUCUUCUUCUGGGCUCUCCAGUUAUGAUAUUAUUGACUUCGACUACCUUCCCAGGCAUCGAAGAUGUUCUUGCCACACAUUAAACUUAGUGGCAACACAAGAUGCCAACAAGUUACUUUUAAACAAUGAGGGGUAUAGGAAAGUUUAUAACUUAGCUAUAUCUAAAUGCCAACGUUUGUGGAACCUCCAAAAUAAAUCUGGGCCAUCCGCCGAACUUAUUAAAAAAAAAUUACAUUCUCAAUUCCCAUAUCCCGUUAUAACAAGAUAGGGUUCCUUUUAUAAAUCCCUGGCCAAUAUUAUCGUUUAUAAAUCAAGUGCCUGUGGAAUUUGAUUCAUUAUGUGAUGAAUUAAAAUUGUGUAGAUUCACAUCAGAUGAUCAUGAUUUUAUAAAAGAAUAAUGUAGUGUAAAUUUAAAUUAAUGUCUUAUAAAAAUUUACAAUUUAAAAAUUAGAUUAUGUAAACAGUGUCCAAAGCUAUUGAUAUUCUUGAAGGGGAAAAAUACAUGUAUCUGGGUUAUUAUACCCCAACAAUAACACAAAUACUUAUAUGUAUGGCAGAUGUGCAGGGAUUAAAAAAUUGUCAACCUCUAAAGGAUACUAUAUUAGCUAGUAUUGAUAAAAGGUAACUUAAAUCAAAUAAUUAUUUAUAAAUCAAUAAUAUCAUGUUAUAUAUAGGUUUAAUAAUCUUUAUGAUAAUGACAACAUCAUUGCUGCAAUUCUUCACCCUUUAUUUAAAACUGACUGGCCUUGGAUUAGGCAAGAAAGGAAUAAAGCAAAAAAGGAGGAAAUUUUAAAUUUAAUAAAUACCUUAAUACCUCAAAGUGAAUCCCAGACGAAUGAAUCAUGCUCAAAACCAACAUCACUUGAUGUAGUUGGAUUUUUUGACCUAAAGCGCCAAAAUAUUCUGGAUAAUGAACCUAUAGAAAACUUUAUCAAAUCUAAUAACAACACUUUUUCUUUAUAUAACGAUUUUCCAAAG